GUCACCAAAGAUUUGGCAUACUUCUUUAAUGUAGAGGUGUGCUCAAACGCCGCAGAAGAAGAACGACUGCUACAGAUCUAUCAUAAGGAGCUCUCGGAGCGCCUGCGAAGCCUGGGCGAUCCAGUUCCGGACCUGGAGCAGUUCCGAACCUCGCUGGAGCUGGCGCUGUGCGAUUGGCGGCGCUUUUCGGAGAUCGGCCUCGGCGGCUGGGGCGACAGCAGCGCCACCAAGCGGGUGAUGAAGGUCCUCGAGCGUUUGGACCAUGGCAAGGCUUUGGCGUCGGAAGAGGCCUACAUCGCAGCCAUGCAGAAGGAGUUCCCAGCGUAGCUGACGGAGAAACAAGCCAAUGGACGGGUGAAUGGAUCAGGGAGGUUUGCUGGGCGAAUUCUGACCUACUGCGGCCUGGG